AAUAAAAUGAUAAAAGAAUAAGAAAACAUGAAACAAAGAAACACAGAGAUGAAAUCGUUUUGAUGAUAUUUUCUCAGCUCUUACAAUCUCACAUCUACCAAACACCAAGCUCCGCCGGCGCAUCGUGAAAAAGAGUAUGAGUUCUUCUGCAACAGACGAUAACCCAACAGGAUCCGUAAAAAGAGUUGCUGUUAUUGGUGCUGGGGUAAGUGGGCUUGCUGCCGCUUACAAACUGAAAUCACAUGGUGUGGAUGUCACUGUAUUUGAAGCUGAAGGAAGAGCUGGAGGGAGGUUGAGAAGUGUUUCUCGGGAUGGUCUUAUUUGGGAUGAGGGAGCUAAUACAAUGACUGAAACUGAAAUUGAGGUUAAAGGUCUGAUUGAUGCCCUCGGACUUCAAGAAAAGCAGCAAUUUCCAAUAUCCCAGCAUAAGCGCUAUAUUGUGAAAAAUGGGGCACCAGUGCUGGUACCAACAAAUCCUGUUGCAUUACUGAAGAGUAAACUACUUUCUGCACAAUCAAAGAUCCAGGUCAUUUUUGAACCAUUCUUGUGGAAAAGAAGUGUCUCCUCUAAUGUGUGUGAUGAAAAUUCUGAGGAAAGUGUUGGAGGGUUCUUUCAACGUCAUUUUGGUAAAGAGGUUGUGGACUAUCUGAUUGAUCCUUUUGUUGGGGGCACCAGUGCAACAGAUCCUGAAUCACUUUCUAUGCGCCAUUUUUUUCCCGAGCUGUGGAAUUUGGAGAAGAGGUUUGGUUCCGUUAUUGCCGGGGCAAUGCAAUCUAAGUUUUUUGACAAAAAGGAAAAAACUGGAGAAAAUAAGACUGCACUAAAAAAGAACAAACACAAGCGUGGUUCAUUUUCUUUCCAGGGUGGAAUGCAGACACUAACAGAUACACUGUGCAAAGAGCUUGGGAAAGAAAACCUAAAAUUAAAUUCAAAGGUUUUGACAUUGGGUUAUGGUCAUGAUGAAAGUUCCUCAUCACCAAACUGGUCUAUUACUUGUGUUUCUAACCAAAGCACUCAAGAUAUUGAUGCAGUAAUCAUGACGGCUCCUCUAUGUAAUCUCAAGGAUAUCAAGAUUACGAAAAGGAGAAUUCCCUAUCCACUUAGUUUUCUUCCCGAGAUAAGCUAUGUGCCAAUCUCAAUCAUGGUUACUGCCUUCAGAAAGGAGAAUGUAAAGAGACCUUUGGAAGGUUUUGGAGUUCUCGUUCCUUCUAAAGAGAGACAAAAUGGUUUAAAAACACUUGGUACACUUUUUUCCUCUAUGAUGUUUCCAGAUCGUGCACCUAGUGAUUUUUAUCUCUAUACCACUUUCGUUGGCGGAACCCAAAACAGGGAACUGGCUCAAGCUUCAACUGAUGAACUUCAGAAAAUUGUUACUUCUGACCUGAGAAAGUUGUUGGGAGCAAAGGGGGAACCAACAUUUGUUAAUCAUAUUUACUGGAGUAAAGGCUUUCCUUUGUAUGGACGUAACUAUGGGUCAGUUCUUGAAGCAAUUGAUAAGAUGGAAAAAGAUCUUCCUGGAUUUUUCAUUGCGGGUAACCACAAAGGAGGACUCUCAGUUGGCAAAGCAAUUUCCUCAGGUUGGCAAGCAGCUGACCUUGUAAUAUCCUACCUCAACUCUGCUUCAGACAAGAGUGCCUGACAAAUGAUAUACAGGGGAUGUGGGAGUUGGGAAAGUUGUGCUUUCUAUUAUCAAAUUUGUUUAAUUAACAUCUUAUUUCGGCACGUGCAAACAAUGUAAUAAUUACCUGUUGCACAAUGCUGCAGUCCCCAUUUUCAUUUGGUUAAAGGAAGUUAACUAAAUUUUUAAAAUGGAGAUAGCGGAAGCAAUCUUUCUUCUCACAUACAACUGUAAUAACUGAACCUCUAGGUGAUCGUAGAUAUAUUCGUUCUAGUAGUUAAUGCUUCUCUUACUCGAGAUUAUUAGCUUAUCUUCGAUAUACUACAUUCAUUCUUA